GUAAAGUUCUUUUUUUCCGGUGUAAACUACAGUGACGUCAUUCCCGGCUGUUUUUUGUGUUUUUUUUUUGUUGUGAUUUAUGCCGUUUCUCGAGGACACAUCUGUCCGCGGAGGAGGAGCAGCGGUUCGGCUGAGGCUCGGUAUUAAAAGGAUGACAAACAGCUGAUUCACCCAGAACCAGGACCGGGACCAGGACCAGGACCAGGACCAGGAGCAAGUAGUGACUGACCCGGGUCUGGAACCCACUUACCUGUACCUCUUCAACUAUACAAGCUGCGAUGGCGCCGGUUUUACCCGGGACUGGACCAUCCUGGGACUGGGACUUUGAUGCGGUGCAGCCCUACUUCCUGCCAGAGGAGGAGGACCCCUGGCGCCUCCCCCCUCGGUGCCAGCUCCUCCCGGGCCCUGGCGAGGACAUCUGGAAGAAGUUUGAGCUUCUGCCGCCGCCGCCGCUCUCCCCCAGACGGAGGUUGUUGGCACCGGACGUCCCGCCGUGGGCCACGGAGCAGCUGUUGGACGGUGACCGUGGCCCCCCCUCAGCUCAGGCCCCCCACUCCGCCCUCCUGCAGUCCUUCAUCAUCCGGGACUGCAUGUGGAGCAGCAGCUUCACCGCCUCCGCCAAACUGCAGCAGGUGUUGUCACAGCGGCCACAGCCGGACCAAUCAGAGGGAGCAGGGGAAGGCCAGGGGGGUGUGGCACAAGGGGGAGUGGCCCAGGGGGGCGCCGGGUGCCUGCCGGCAGCCUGCGCCUGCACUUCUGCCUGCGCCUGCGUUGACCCUUCGGCCGUGUGGUGCAGUGUUCCAGACUCCCCUCUGCUCAGCCAAACAGAAGAAGAAGAAGAAGAAGAAGAAGAAGAGGAGGAGGAGGAGCAGGAGGAGCAGGAGGAGGAGGAGGAGGAGGAGGAGGAGGAGGUUGACGUGGUGACCGUGGACAGACGGAGGGCGUGGCAGCGGUCCAGACCAGACUCCGCCCCUCUGGUCCUGAAGCGCUCCUACAUCAACAUCCACCAGCACAACUACGCUGCCCAACAGCCUGCUGGGAAACGGACCAGAGCAGGCCACGCCCACAGGACUCCUCCAUCAGACGGCGAGGAUGGCGUCGAGCGGCGGCGGACUCACAACGACCUGGAGCGUCAGCGCAGGAACGAACUGAAGGCCAGUUUCCUGACACUGAGGGACGAGGUUCCGGCCGUCGCACGCAACGACAAGGCGGCGAAGGCGCUGAUCCUGAAAACGGCGGCGGAGUUCAUCAGACAGAUGAGGACGGACGAGGAGCGGCUGUUGGCCACGAAGGCGGAGCUGAGGAGGAGGGGCCAGGAGCUGAGGAGGGUGUGUGGACAUGACGUCACAUGACCCUGAGUCAGUGCUGUCAUAGAGUUCCGAAUAAUCAGUGACACUCGUUAUUUAUUACACAUGGACGACCUCAUACGACCUUUGAACUUUGACCUUCAGUGACCUGAGCUGGAGGUCGUUUGGGUUCUGAUCGAUUCUGCUCCGUUUCUUUUCAAAUCAGACCCUUGGACUUAACUUUAAAACAUCUGAUCAAUGAUCAAAGAGACUGAACCAAUAAACACACACACACAGAUACACACAGAUACAGAUACACACACACACAGAUACACACAGAUACACACAGAUACAGAUACACACACACACACACACACAG